AUGAGGCCACUCAACCAACCGAACGUGAAGCUCGUUUUAGACGCGCCGGAAGCUGGUCGAACCCUCGCUUGGGCUAUAGAAUCGAAACAGCGAACACGAAGAGUGGAGUGCUCUAUUCCAAAAAGAUUGAAGGAGGUUGCAACGGAUUCUGGCGAGAGAAGAGCAGAGGACACUCCGGCUCCAAUUCAACUGAUACUGAAAGUGAGUGUUCUCAUUUUAAGAGAAAGACGGAGAGAAAAUAGUUUAUUUUUUUAGAUUUCUGCAGCGGCCACUUGGAUCUCACUCGAACAGUUUCGUCAACAGCAGUCGGAUCAUCUGCUUCUGUCCAUCUCCUCCGACGCGGCCGCCUACGAGCAGGAGGACACUAACAACGACCACAUCACGAUCGAUUUAAUCAACAAUACAAAAUGA